UUGUUCGACCUUUGGCUGUGAUGAAAGAACAUGCUCAAUCUGCAGAUAUUGAAAACUAUCCCGAUACAGUGCGUGAAGUUACUCAAAAAUUGUUAGCGUUUCGGACAUUUGAAGAAUUUCGUACCUGCAUGGAAGCUAAAGAUAGGUGUUUGAAAGCUUUUUUUGAUAAACUUGUAUUAUUAGCAAAUUUGUCACAAAAAAAGCGUGAAUCAUAUCCUAAAAUUAUGUCCCAGUUGCUACUC